CUAACUUUUAUGUAUACCUAGUCAGAAAGCUGUUGACAUGGAACGCGUUGAGAUCACGCCCCGGAGUUAUCCGUCCAAUCUAAUUGAGAAAGACUGGUCGAAAAGAAAACAUUUCCACAACAAAAGUGUUGGACCAUUUCUUGAUUUGGUCCACAACAUGGAAGUUCACGAUGAGGAUGUGUUUAUUGUAACCCUUCCAAAGUGUGGAACCACUUGGAUGCAGGAACUUCUUUGGUUGUUGAUGAAUGAUUGCAACUUUGAAGAGGCCUUGUCCAAAGACCUUGAGCUACGGACUCCGUUUUUAGAAUUUGAUUACCUGGUACACGGGGAGCUGGAUACAGCUUUCAAGCCUGUAGACGAUCUUAAAGAUCCCCGGCUCAUUAAAUCUCACCUUCCACUGGCCCUUCUUCCCGCCAAACUUUGGGAGCGAAAGAACAAAGUUAUAUACGUUUUCCGAAACCCUCUCGAUGCCUAUGUAUCCAGAUAUUACCACGGGGUAACUUUUGGACUUAAUUAUGGAAAAACAUUGGAGGAAGUUUUUGAUAAGUUCAUUGAAAACGAAGAGUCGGUUAUUGAGAACAUGGAACAUGCUCAUGAGUUCUAUCAACUCCGCCACGAACCUUGGGUCUUUUAUACCAGUUUUGAGAAAAUGAAGAAGAAUCUUCGGGGAGUUAUCGAAGACGUGUCUAGAUUUCUCAACAAACCUGUAAACGAACAGCAAAUGGAAAAAUUGCUGAAACAUUUGUCGUUUGAAGAAAUGAAAAAAAAUCCGAAAACGAAUCAUUUGUGGGAGUUGUCUCAAAUUAAGAACAAAGACGCUGGCAAGGAAACACACAAUUUCGUGCGACGAGGCCAAGUUAAUGGCUACAAAGAUGAACUUAAACCUGAACAAAUUGAAAAGGCUAAUCUAUUAAUCCAACGCUAUCUCGAUAAAAACUUAGUUACCCUCAACGAACUACUUCUUAUAAAUCUGGUAGCGUCUGGAAAACUGACGGGAAACGAAUCCAUGUUCGUCCUGUUUCUCCUCGUGCUUGCCCUCCACGAUGACGAACUUAUCCGCCACCUUCACGGUAAUCUCAUUGGGCGAAAAUUGCUGGACAUCCAGAAUAACCUCGAAUUUCUCGUUGUCGAUGUUGAGGGUGGAGCCAGAUUCCUGUUUCUGGAGGCUGUUCUUCUGCCAUGGUCGCAGGUAUCCGGACCUCAGGACCGUGGGCCGGGAAUUCCAGACAGAGGACAUCAGAUCGUCCCGCUUCAGACCCUGGCCAAAAUGCUGAUCCAAGAGGCGCGAGGUGCGCAUUGGAAAAUCGAGCUCAUCCCACCAAUCACGGAACAUCAGGGGCACUACGGACAUCUAGUUUGGUCAAAAAACGAGACGAUUUCCUGUGGCUGUGUGAAAGUAGUGAAAGCUGAAAGCCGACAACGAACGGGGCCACUACUUAUGCAAGUUACAGCAUCGGCCGAGGUGCCGAUGCCACCGCCCCAACAGGAGGCCAAAAAACAGGCGACAUUCGCCGCAGGACAGGCGGCACGUGAAGUAUUCACUGUACUUGGCGAGACACAGGAAGCCCGAAAGCAACAAUGCGGACAGUGUUCCCUCGUUGUGUGGCCCGUGACGUCAAGACUGUUGCUUCUUGGCCUGUUGGCGCCGCUAUUGUGGCUCUCCCAUGUGCAGGCCCACCAAUCGAAGCGAAGUUAUUCCGAUCAGAGUGUCCACGGCUAUAUGACAGAGCGAACCUGCUGGUGGAACGAGGUGUGCAAGGAGGAGUUCCAGAGCCUGUUCCGGUGCAAGUGCCCCCAGUUUUCCUAUUGCCGGUCGCCGGGACGUUACUAUAAUGCCUACUGCUCCAUGACCGAUACCGGUUAUAUUUGGACCCAACCAAAUUGGGAUUGGGGGUCGUAGAAUGAAGCCACCUAUCCGGACGACCCUUCCCCGUCGCCCUCCUCCUAAUGCCCUAAGCAUAGCACGCUGUGACGUCAAAGACACUGACUGCCGACUGUAUGCUUCCAUUUUCCUCAAAGCGAUUUCUCCAAAAAAACAAUCAAGCUCAUAACGGAGUUGCUCCAACCCCCAAAAUCAAACUGGCCAGGAGGCUUAAAUUGUAUUUGUAACGGUAUUCGAAUAAAUAAAAACACUUUGGGAGGUCA